AUGGAGGCUGUGCGCAAGAUUCAGAAUCCCAUUCCCAGGGAGGUGAUGCAGCCUUCAAAAUGGCUUUCCAUGUAUGAAGACUUUGUCGCGAAGAACUCCAGCUCCGUAGGCUCCGUAGAGUCCGCGUUGAGCUCAUUGACCUAUAUCAUCCCUGGGAGAUACCGCGAAUCUGAAGUUGCGUCAGAAUGUGUCCAUUCUGGAGUUCAACUGCUUUCACUCUAUCAUGACUCCCUUGUGUCAAAAGUCAUAUCUCGACUUCCAUCAACUGUCCCGAGACCGCCACCUUCCCCGCACGCGCGAUAUACAAAGUACUGGACAUCGCGAUCGUCGCUGUAUCAUCGCGUCGCCGUGGCGCUGCAAAUGUUACGGUACACGGAACUGCUGUGGGAAAUGACAGCCCGGCGGCGCGGACAAAAGACCCGAUGGCGUGUAAUCGUCUUUCUCGAAAUUGCCAAAGCAAUCUGUCGCCUGCUUUUGCUUCGGCUUACCAAUUCCCGACCGCUAGUCAGCCCUCCACUGCCAGAGCGAGAGGUUGACCCUCGGUCGACACAAGUUGUGGAGGAGGAGCAGAGUGACUGGAAUGGGAUGGAUACUCCUACAAGCGAGCGUUCCACUGACAUCAGUUGGACAAUGCCCCGCACUGGACUCUCGAUGCCGUCUCUACCCGACGUGAACGAUGUAUCGAACUACCUCAUCUCGAAGGUGCUCACAGCGGAUGAUAUCAAACCCCCGAAGGCACUGUUGCAUCGUGUCACCGGUCAGGGCCAGUUGGCGGAGGUCAUGUACAUUUUGCGGCCCGUUGUAUAUACGUUGGCAAUGCAGCGUUGGAGUGGAGACCGGCGUAGCUGGCGGCCGUGGCUCAUUGGAUUCGGCAUGGAAUAUGGCUGUCGACAGCUCGCCAAGCGCGAUUUCCGGGAACGCGUGGCCGGUGGCCUUCGUGGCUUAACUGGUCUUGAGCGUGAAGAACUGCGAAAACGUGGAUGGUCUAUGGGUUGGUGGAUGAUGCGUGGCGCCUUUUACGAAAACAUCACCAAAUCCUGGAUACGAAGCCUCACUGGCAAGAUGAAGGGGAAGCCACUUUUGGACCUGGUAGGAAGCGUCGUUGAGGACUAUGAGUAUCUUUGGGACAACUACUACUUCUCGACUGCCACGCUUUAA